AUGACAACAGAUAUGUAUGGUCGUUGGAUACUGGAUCCUAAUGCUGAUAUGUAUACGAGUAAAGGUUCAGGUUCAGUUCCUUCAAGGGCUCAGUCUCCCACACCCCCAUCCUCAUCAACUCCAUCCCUAGUGAGUUUAAUUGCGACAAUUUCUUAUAAGCAAAAGGGUUCAGUACCACCUUCAAAAAUCAAUAUUUGGGAUAAAUCUACUGUCGAUUGUGAUCCGACAGUUCAAUUGGAGAACAGUGGUCAAACAAAAACUGCAUUUUAUGCCAAAAUUGUCAAGGAUGCCAGCAAUGGUGAAUCCUCGGGAAAUGAUGACAGUUCUGAACAUGAUGGUAGCUCAGUUGAAGAUGUUACAAGCUUAGUUGAAGAUGGUACAAGUUCAAGUUCAAGCAAGGAUGGAUCGGAAUAUGAAUUAACAAGGGAGGCUGUUGAUUCUGAGGCAAAUGAGUCAAUAUCUGAGAGUGAAUCCAGUCAGGAUUUUUCUAAUUCUACUAAAGCGAGUAAACAAGAGAACAGAGCACGCAAGAAAAAUAGUGAAGUGAUGGGAAGCAGACAAUGA